AUGGCCGCCGCCGUUUGCCACCUCUCCUUCCUUUCCUUUUUCACUCUGCUCCUGUUGGUUAAUGCUAGAUUAGAUCUCCACCCUACUGACCAUGAAGCUCUCUUCCAAAUCUACAAAGAUUUGGGUCUCUCAAGUGGCACACACGACAUUUGCAACGCCGCCGGAAUCUUUUGUGAGAGGAGGAGCUCCGACAACUCUUACGUCCUCAGGGUCACUCGUAUUGUGUUCAAGACUCGCCGGCUCAGAGGUUCUAUCUCUCCGGCAAUCGGGAAGUUGUCGGAGCUCAAGGAGCUCUCUCUACCAAACAACCACCUUGUGGACCAAAUCCCAACUCAAAUCACCGGUUGCCGGAAACUGGAAGUUCUCAACCUUCACAGUAAUAGGUUUUCAGGCAAAGUUCCUGUCGGAUUAAGUUCUCUCGUCCGACUCCGGAUUCUAGAUCUGUCUUCCAAUAAAUUCUCCGGUGAUCUGGAUUUCUUGAAUUAUUUCCCGAACCUUGAAAGCCUCUCCCUUGCCAAUAACAUGUUCACCGGAAAAGUACCAGCCUCAUUACGGUCUUUCAGAAAUCUCCGAUUCUUCAACAUCUCAGGCAAUAGUUUCUUGGAGGGUCCAAUGCCGAAAAUGAACCAAUUGGAAUCUUCGUCGACGGAGCUACGAAACGGGAACGAGAAACUUGUUCCAAAACGUUACAUCUUUGCCGAGUCUAAUUCAAAUUCUUCAUCGGCGGUGAGAAAUCAAACCAGACAAGGAGGUUCUGUCUCUGAUAAUAUCCAAGCUCCGGCACCAUCUCCGGCAGGAGGGCGAGCUCCUGAUAAACCCAAGAAGAAGAAAAGAGUCAUACGUUGGAUCCUUGGGUUUUUAGCCGGAAUAGUAGCCGGAAUUAUAUGUGGGAUCGUUUUCUCAAUACUUUUCAAGUUAAUUAUGAAUGUGGUCAAAGGCAAAAAGAAUGAUUCCGGCCCAGCGAUCUUCAGUCAAAUGAUCAAAGCCGAAGAACUAGCUUUCUUGGAGAAAGAAGAUGGAGUGGCAUCGCUGCAAAUCAUCGGAAAAGGUGGAUGUGGAGAAGUAUACAAAACCGAAUUGCCGGAAGGCAAAAUCAAAACAAUCGCCAUAAAGAAGAUCGUACAGCCUCCAAAAGAAGCCACAGAGCUAGCCGAAGAAGAUACAAAGCUUCUCAACAAGAAAAUGCGUCAGAUCAAAUCUGAAAUCCAAACCGUCGGCCAAAUCCGACACCGGAAUUUACUUCCGUUACUUGCCCACGUUUCCCGACCAACCUGUCAUUACCUAGUGUACGAGUUCAUGAAAAAUGGCAGCUUACAGGAUAUCCUACAAGAAGUUAAAGAGGGUCGGAGAGAAUUGGAUUGGCUGGCACGGCACCGAGUUGCACUCGGAGUCGCCGCCGGGCUUGAAUAUCUCCACCUGAGUCACACUCCACGUAUCGUUCACAGAGAUUUAAAGCCAGCCAACGUCCUCCUGGAUGACGAUAUGGAAGCACGAAUCGCCGAUUUUGGGCUAGCGAAAUCAAUCCCAGAUGCCGAUACCCACAUGACGAGUUCCAAUGUCGCGGGAACUCUGGGAUACAUCGCGCCGGAGUAUCACCAGACGAUGAAGUUCACCGACAAGUGUGACAUCUACAGUUUCGGGAUACUGCUAGCAGUGCUGGUAAUGGGGAAGCUUCCAUCGGACGAGUUUUUCCAGCGGACGUCGGAGAUGAGUUUGGUGAAAUGGAUGAGAAAUGUGAUGACUUCUGAUGAUCCAAAACAAGCAAUUGAUCCAAAUCUGAUUGGAAAUGGGUAUGAAGAACAGAUGCUGCUUGUUCUUAAGAUUGCUUGCUUCUGUACCUUGGAUAAUCCAAAAGAGAGGCCUAACAGUAAAGAUGCAAGAACCAUGUUGGAUCAGAUCAAACAUUAAAUAUGUAAUUGUGGAAUAAGAAAGAUUCAUGAUAUAUCUGUAAUAGAAUCUGAAAGUGUUAGAUAUAUUCAAAAAUUGUUUAUUA